AAUAGGUAGAAGAAGUUGAGCCUCGGCCUCUUAUUACUCGCUUCCCAACUCAUCAUCCUCCUCCUCUCUCCCUCUCCCUCUCCCUCGUUCUCUCCGCCUUUCUCUCUCUCUCUUUCUCUGUUUUCUCAUUUCUUCGAAUCUCUCAUAUUUGAUACACACCGAAAUGGCCACGGCUUUCUCUCCCACGAAGCUCACUGCCACCGUUCCUCUCCAUGGAUCUCAAGAGAAUCGUCUCUUGCUUCCGAUCCGCUUGGCUCCUCCUUCUUCUUUCCUCGGAUCCACCCGUUCCCUCUCCAUUAUUUCUUCCCCAAGGCUGAUUCACGCUAAUGCCGCUCGUCGAUCUCCCGUCGUCGGAGUCCAGGAAGUUGUCAAGGAGAAGAAAGCCACCAAUAGCCUGUUGAUAACGAAAGAGGAAGGAUUAGAGUUGUACGAAGACAUGAUUCUGGGCAGAUCUUUCGAAGACAUGUGUGCUCAGAUGUAUUACAGAGGAAAGAUGUUUGGUUUUGUUCACCUGUACAACGGGCAAGAAGCUGUAUCAACUGGUUUUAUCAAGCUCCUUACCAAGACGGAUUCAGUGGUCAGCACAUACCGUGACCAUGUCCACGCGCUCAGCAAAGGUGUCUCUGCUCGUGCCGUGAUGAGUGAGCUCUUCGGCAAGGUCACGGGUUGCUGCAGAGGUCAAGGUGGAUCGAUGCACAUGUUCUCCAAAGAACACAACAUGCUUGGUGGCUUUGCUUUUAUAGGCGAAGGCAUACCUGUGGCCACCGGUGCUGCGUUUACCUCAAAGUACAAAAGGGAAGUCUUGAAACAGAAUUGCCAAGACGUCACCGUGGCGUUUUUCGGAGAUGGCACUUGUAAUAACGGACAGUUCUACGAGUGUCUCAACAUGGCUGCACUCUAUAAGCUGCCUAUCAUUUUCGUUGUUGAGAAUAACUUGUGGGCCAUCGGGAUGUCUCACUUGAGAGCGACCUCUGAUCCGGAGAUAUGGAAGAAAGGUCCUGCCUUUGGGAUGCCCGGUGUUCACGUUGACGGUAUGGAUGUGUUGAAGGUGAGAGAAGUGGCUAAAGAGGCAGUCACAAGAGCUAGAAGAGGAGAUGGUCCAACCUUGGUCGAAUGUGAGACUUAUAGAUUCAGAGGGCACUCCUUGGCUGAUCCCGACGAGCUCCGUGACGCUGCUGAGAAAGCGAAAUACGCGGCUAGAGAUCCGAUCACAGCAUUGAAGAAGUAUUUGAUAGAGAACAAGCUUGCGAAUGAAGCUGACCUAAAGUCGAUAGAGAAGAAGAUAGACGAGUUGGUGGAGGAAGCGGUUGAGUUUGCAGACGCGAGUCCGCAGCCUGGUCGCAGUCAGUUGUUAGAGAAUGUGUUUGCUGAUCCCAAAGGCUUUGGAAUUGGACCUGAUGGACGCUACAGAUGUGAGGAUCCCAAGUUUACUGAAGGCACUGCUCAAGUCUGAGAAGAUAAAGUUAACCUUUAGCUUGUGUCCUGUCUUUGGUUUCUGUUUGAUGUUUCUAUAUUACUACUAUUAAGUUAAAUGCUACAGAUAAUUAGUUUGAAUCAUUUGAACUUUUUGGUUUUUUUUUUUUUUGCUGGGUGUUACUAAAUUAUCAAAGUUUGAAGGGUGUUAUAUCAAUUAUGGGUUUGUA